UCCGCAACUCACAGCUCAUCGAACCGCGCUUAAACUCGAAUUGCAACCUUCUCACUUGCCUGCGAUGAAUACCGAUACAUAAUCAAGGCCUCUAGCUUUCGUCGUCGCCGAUAAAUCACAGGGCGAGCGGCAUCGGCCGCAUGCCUGACCUCCUCCCGCAAUGCGCAGCCCCAACGUGUUAACCACGUUCACAUCACGGAUACCCUCUCGCCACGUUGCGCAUCAAAGUAACACUCGCUUCACCGUCGGAAGCCAGAGGCUAUUCACCAGACGUGCCAUCGAGGCCUCCCGCAAAUACCGCAAUGCACACCAAACGCUCGACCUCCGAGGCAUCGAGCGGCAAGGGCUUUCCACACCCGGUUCCCCUCUACUCGCGAUAAAGAAUGCAGUUGAUCCGUCAGCCUUUGCCCCGGCUAGAUUGGAACACGUUCGCUUCCUUUCAACUUCCAGAAGCAUACAGGAACCGGCUCGGCCGGCAACAUCGGCCAACAAAAGUAAAGUGGCGGAGGAACCGACCCAGGUCGUCCUAACCGAGCAGGAUGACUUACAGAAAGGCUUUGAGCUUUCAGAGAAGGCAUCUCAAGCGGCCCAUAUAAAUCUGAGUGCGAAGCUAGCGAAAGAUGGUCUUGCCCACGGAAAGAAGGCCGGAAUUCGAGAAAUAUGGCGGCUGGUCAAGAUUGCUCGCCCGGAAGCCAAGGUGCUCUCCGUUGCUUUUAUGUUCCUCCUCGCAUCGUCGUCAGUUAGCAUGUCCAUCCCAUUUUCUAUCGGGAAAAUCUUGGACAUUGCGACGAACCCAAGCUCCGAGGCCCUGGAGCUGUUCGGACUUAGUCUUCCCUGGUUCUAUGGUGCCCUGGCAGGGGUCCUCUCUCUUGGUGCUGCGGCUAACUAUGGAAGAAUUAUCAUUCUACGAAUUGUUGGUGAACGAAUUGUCGCCCGGCUACGAUCACGACUGUUUCGAAGGACGUAUGUCCAAGAUGCUGAAUUUUUCGAUGCAAACCGAGUCGGCGAUCUGAUCUCCCGAUUAAGCUCAGACACUAUUAUUGUCGGCAAGAGUAUCACUCAAAACCUGUCCGAUGGACUUCGAUCAGCAGUGAGCGGUAUAGCUGGUUUUGGGAUGAUGGCCUACGUCAGUCUCAAGCUUUCGGGUAUUCUAGCCUUGUUAUUUCCACCGGUUGCUAUCGCAGCCUUUUUCUAUGGAAGAGCGAUUAGAAACCUAAGCCGAAAAAUCCAAAAGAAUUUGGGAACCCUCACCAAGAUUGCUGAAGAGCGGCUAGGUAAUGUGAGAACUAGCCAAUCUUUCGCUGGGGAGAGGCUAGAGGUCAGUCGAUACAACCACCAGGUUAAACGGAUAUUUGAACUAGGAAAGAAGGAAUCAUUUAUUAGUGCGACAUUCUUUAGUGCUACCGGGUUCACGGGCAAUAUGACUAUCCUUGCUCUGCUCUACGUAGGCGGUGGAAUGGUUCAAUCUGGAGGAAUCACGAUCGGUGAACUGACAUCAUUCCUCAUGUACACUGUUUACGCUGGCUCGAGCAUGUUCGGCUUGUCAAGCUUUUACUCAGAAUUGAUGAAGGGCGUUGGUGCUGCGAGUCGUCUUUUUGAGCUACAGGACCGAGCACCAACAAUCUCGCCUACCGUUGGGACUAAGGUCAAAUCUGCUCAGGGGCCUAUUCGUUUCGAAAAUGUCAAGUUUAGCUACCCAACUCGCCCCGCUGUGACUAUUUUUAAGGAUCUUGACUUUGAAAUCCCACAGGGAGCUAAUGUCGCUAUUGUUGGCCCUUCUGGAGGCGGGAAAUCCACGAUUGCAGCGUUGUUGCUCCGUUUCUACAGUCCAAACACAGGAAAGAUCUUUAUUGAUGGCAAAGACAUUACUACGAUGAAUGCCAAAUCCCUUCGGAGAAAGAUUGGCGUGGUGUCACAGGAACCGGUCUUGUUUUCAGGCACUAUCGCUGAAAAUAUAUCCUAUGGAAAACCAGAGGCCACCAGGGCAGAAAUUAUUGUUGCUGCAAGAAAAGCCAACUGCCAGUUUAUCAGCGACUUCCCUGACGGCCUUGAUACACAUGUAGGCGCGCGAGGAGCGCAGCUCUCUGGAGGUCAGAAACAACGAAUUGCCAUCGCUAGAGCACUCAUCAAAGAUCCAGAUAUCUUGAUCCUGGACGAGGCCACGUCUGCCCUGGAUGCAGAGUCUGAAACCCUUGUAAAUAGCGCCUUGGCAGCAUUAUUCCGUGGAAGUAACACCACUAUCAGCAUUGCUCACAGAUUAUCCACCAUAAAGCGCUCUGAUACAAUUAUCGUUCUCGACUCUGACGGCAGAGUUGCCGAACAAGGUUCCUAUAAGGAUCUUAGCUCGAGACCGGACGGUGCAUUCACGAAACUUAUGGAAUGGCAAAUGAAUGGAGGAGAGUCGGGAAUGACACCAGUGGCACAUUAUGAAGGAUCUGCGAUCCGCGGGCCACCCUCUGAAGCAGAAGAGUUACAGCAAAUGCUCCAAGAGGGCGAAGAUGAGGAAUAUGACGAAAGCGGAGAAGUCGAAGAAGAAGAGCAGGAUCAAGCAAAGCAGCUUGAAUCUGCGAAGAGCGAUGGGGAAGUAGGUGAAAGAGCUAGUGCAGCCCCUAAGCUUUGAGGUUGAAUCAAGGAUAGUUCCGGUUUCUUGCUUCCAUGUGGGGACAUGCUCUCUCAAGAUCUAUGGAUCUUUUAUCUAAUUCGGUUUUCUUCGUCGCCCGGUGUUGACUCCCUGGCAGCGAUCAGGCUUGCUCAACGCAGGUUCUGUGAGUCGCAAGAAUAUUCAUCAACAUCUGCAUUAUCGACUAGAACAGGAUAACUGUCAAGUCCCUGACAACUAUUUCGUAUCUUUACUUUUCUUUUGUCUUGCUGUACUAGUUCAUCUCAUGAUAUCCAAUGGGACAAUGAGGGGCAUAUAGACUUUGUUUGGACUUUGCUGUUACGACCGUUCUUUGUGACUUUUCUUACGAUCUUUAUCAGUCUAUAUAUAUUAUUAUAGAUCGAGUCUCGCUGGAUUCGUCUCCCUCACUCUUAAUUCUUGCGAUAUUUUCUCCACUCCUACCUCCAGCUGGCGUUUUGAAUUAGCGUCCUUUCCAGUCUCUGGCUGGGCAUUUCUGGCCACAUAUGAGCCAGUUAGCUGUACACAUAUAUACCUUUCUCCCACUUAAUGAUAGACUCAUUAUAAUCGUACUUUGUCGGCUCGGAUCGGGUACUUUCAGAGCAAAUGACCUAGUUUCAAGUACACACAUGUAUGUAUAUGACAAUAGUGGGAAAAUGGCAAUCUUACAGAAGUCAUAUUAUCUUAUUUACCAAAACGGCAUAUUGAACAUAGAAGG